CCAACCCAAACCCAUUUCAAUUCUUUCCGGCGCCAAAAUUUUCUGGCGGGCAAAACCUCCCGCCAAUUAUCUAACCCGCCACAAAAAGAAAACCCAUCUAUAUAAUAAUUCGAUUAAAAAUCAAGAUUUACACUUCUCCAUUUUCAAUUCUCCCAAAAAAAAAAAAAAAGAGAAAAAUUGCCCACUAUCUGUUUGUCAAAAUUUCCCACCGAAAUCCCAAACCACCUCUGGCCCUCGCAUCGUCCGCCAUGGUAGUACCUUUGGGUCCAGGGAAGUUCUAUGGCACCAGCCUUCCUCGCCCUCGAAUCUACACCGAUGUCAAGCUCAACGACGAGCGGGUCGACCCGCCCGUCCCUGUUCUCGACCCGUUCCUCUCGUGGGCAAGCGAGGCUCACUGGUCCAUGGGCGGACUCAGCUUCAAGCGCCUCCGUCUACAAGGCCGCAUCGAGGGCAGUGUCAAAAAGCUCCAAGCCGAGCGCGAAAAGUUCGCGAAGAGGAGCAAAAUUGUCGCGGGUUCCUCAAUCGGGUCGGGUUCAAGUAUGUCCGACAGCAAGAGGGCCGUCUCGAUUUCACCCCCUGCGGCCCCGAUGGCCACGAAGCGUCGGAGAUUAAUGGCUUUGAUCGACGAGGAUGAUGACGAUAGCAGUGCAGACGAGGAGGAGGAGGAGGAAGUGGGUGUGGUCGCUCCGAGUCGUGGGGUUAAGAGGAGGCUGGUGAAGAGGCUUUGGGAUGAUUUCGAUAGGGUCGCUUCGGAGGCUGAGAGAGGGAAAGGCAGCCCAUUGAAGGGUUUGAGUGGUGGAUCUGAAGGAAUGGCUUCGAGGACCCGGAGUCGGAAAACGGAGGAAGAUGAUGAAGUCACUGAGACUGUGAUGAAGGUGGUUGAGGAAGUAAAAAUGUCGACUCACAAGGGCAAAAGGGUAAAAGGAGGUGGAAGCAAAGGACAAGGCAAUGGAGGAAAUGCGUCUCCUGCAGUGAGUAGAGUAAGAACUUCGCCAAGAUUGGCAAAGCGUGGGUGAAGAUUUGAGAUCUUGGUGGGGGAUAAUCUCUACGUAGUUACAGAGUGAAAUAGAACCCCUUUUUUUUCUUUUUUUUCUUUUUUUUUUUUUCAUUUGUUAGGUAGUUUUUCGUUUUAAGGAUUUUGUAUUUGGGUAUAGAAAUGGAAGCUAAUUUUAUUUCAUGAAGCUACAAGUUUCUCUUAUUAAAAUUUACUGUGUUUCAUGAAUUGGAUUUGAUUUUCGUGGGCAAGUUUGAGCUGGCUUGAUUUUGUGGGCAAAUCUGAACAUGCAUAAAAGAAAAUUAGUGUCUUUGUGAUGUAUGAUGAACUAGUGUGCUUCAUCUUAAAACUUAAAAUCCUCUUUAAGAGGGUGCUGCUUGUAGACAAGCUUGGCAUGGUCUAUUAUUUGUUAUUGGUCGUUCUAUCUUAUUGAAUCUAUUGAACAUCAAAGUUUUCAUCA